AUGGAGACGUUAAGGCUGAAACCGCGGAAACCAGUCGAGGACGAUGUUGAAAACUGGGACGAUGACGACUUUUUAAUUGAUGGUGACGAUCUGGCCCUUCGAAAUCCUUCCGCCACGGUCAGUGUGCCUCCGCAUCGACGAGACAGCCUAUCGUCACAUGUCUCCGUGCGGUCGGAGCUCGAGUCGCUCCAGGGGGAAGAUGAAAGGGUGGUUCAUCUUCCCGGCGAGGAUGAGACGUCCACCUCGCAUGCCAUCGCAGUUGCCGCCACCGCUGGCAUCCCAAUACCAAGCAGUGUACCCCCAACCGCCCUGGUAGGUACCAUUAAGAGACUCGGCGGAAGGAAGGUCAGGAAGAUAUUGCAGGAGGACUGGGGAGACGACCUCGAGCUGCCUGAGGGGGGCGAGGGUCUGCGUAUCAAGACCCAAGAUCCCAACAGGUUCCCUCUGGCCUUGAGACAAGUCAGCUCGUCCAACCAUAGCCCAUCGAAAUCACUCAAUCCACCAGUGCUGCAGCCCGGGCAGUCUAGUCAGACCCCAAUGCCGACACUCGGCGCGCCGAUCAACCUGGAAAGAUUCCGAGACAAAGACGACGACGACGAUUUGUUUGGAGAUGGCAGUGAGACGAUCAAGGUAUCUAAGACACGCCAACUCAUCAAGCCGGCACUGCCGCGUGUAACAGCGAGGAUGCCCGAACCGCGCCGCCAGGCAGACAACGACUACGAACAGGACCUGGAGCUGCCCUCGGACGGGACAUUAAAGCUGUCAUCCCGCCGCGAUAUACCGAAAACCCCAGUCAGCGCUCACGAUGACUUCGAUUGGGGAGAGGGGAGUCUUGGCACGCGUUUCGGAGGCACGAGGAGGGACGGUCGCUCGAACCGGAGCUCUUCUGCCUCGGCCUUCAGCCCGAGCAUCUCGAGCUCCAUCACGGCAGAGAGCGAGGACGAGGCCCAGCUUGAUGGCAUUGAGCUUCCCCACGGGCCGCUUGACUUGAGAGAGAGGCUUAGGAGAAAGCGCCAGAACCGCUCGCCGGAACGCACCAUUGAGGAGGAGCCCGCACCGCCGCCGAGAUCCGUACCACAGCCCGAGGCUGAUACCAAGGACUUUUUCCUCGACUUGAACGUGGGCGACGGUUCUGUAUUUGACUCGGGAAAGCUGAAGCUUCACACCAACGUGAAGCUCAAGUCUACACGGCCUACGAGCCCUGUGCGUCCCAAGACAGCUGUGUCUUUGACGUUCACAAGCAAACCAGUGCAGACGUCGUCUCGACUCCCGCGGCCGACUAGCAGUCACCACGAGAGAACGCAUACCCAGUCGUCCCUGGAGCCUGUCUCGGAGAGCGGAGGCCCCAUUGUGGCUCGGCCGAUGAGGAGGUCCCAAUCGCGGCUUGGUCACAUGUCCCAGUCAUCACAGUCGUCCACAGCAAGCUGUAACACCCCCAUCACACCUUCCGCUCCAAGUUUCUCGGGCCCAACCACACCCCAAAAGAGACAAAUCGGUCAGAAGAGUUCAACCGUCUCUCUUCGCAACGAGCCCACCACAACCAAUGCGCAAUUGCUACGGCUUAAGCGGUCGCUGCCGGCCAUGAGGCCGCCUGGGUCUCCGGCAAGGCCGAUGACUGGUCGGGCCGCAGAGCGCCCGCCUUCAAGAACAGAACCAUCUUCUCGGCCCACAUCUGGCAUCCGCCCCAAGACUCCUGUCGACCGAACGCGCCACUCGUUCGGAGAGCACUCAGCGACACAGGCGAGGAAGCCCUUCCUCCCCGCAGGUGGCUCAGGUUUGCAGUCAUACAACGUCAACGCCAAGAGGCAACUCCGCCGUCACGACUCGGACCUUUCGAAUGAUACAAGACCUACUUCGCGCGCCGUGUCGCGGUCGACUGUGAGGUCGCCCAGUCCAGUUAAGCGGGAUCGGAAACUCGAAAAACUCGCCCGCGCAGGAGUGCGCUUGCCACUGAGUCUCCCGAAACGUCCCAGACACUUCGGGGAUGGUCACGAAUUGGAUGCGUUUGACGACUUGCCCACGUCUGCAAAGACAGAAUCUGAAUUUGUCAAGCAGCCAAAGUACCCCAGCCCACAGUACCCAACGCAGUUCCGGAACAAGGUGAUGCAGCAUUUGUUGCCGGGAAGGACGAACUCGCCUGCACCGUCCUCGCCCCACUCACCUGCAAGGCCCGACUACCAGCCCCGGUUCGCACGUGACACGGCCUCGAGCAGGAUCGCCAGAGAGACAAAUCUUGCGCAUCGGGUUCCCUCCUCAGGUCCGCUCGCUCCUCUGACGUCCCAACGCGUUGCACAGCUUUCCACGAGGAGCAACCUGCAUCAGCCACAACCCAGCGUCAAGCCAAAGAGGGCCGCCAAAAAGCAGCCCCAGCUCAAGCCGCACCUGAUCGCUAAUCUCAAUUCCUCUAACGAGUCAAAAAUGGUCAAUGGCAUGUUUUACAACCCCGAGACUUUUCAAUGGGAGGGCAAUGACAACGUGCUGAAUUCUUUUGACGUCCCUGCAUCGUCGCCAUCGACGGCCUCGGUGCCGCCCUUCUCCGCCCGAGAGAAGGAGAACGCCACGCCCAGACCUGCCCUUAUAACUAAUAUUAGUACUACGAAGGGGGUGCAGGUCGUCGGCGGCAUGGUGUUUGACCCCCAGAACAUGUGCUGGCUCAAACUCGGGCCGCAGUCAGCACAGUCGGAGAUUACUGACCCUCUUGAGGGUUUUAAUGCCAUUGAUGACGAGGACGAUGUCUUCAAAGACAUCCCCGACCUUGACGACAACACUGCUGACAAUGCUGAAACCGGACGCGUGAGCGAAGUCAGGGAUGACUGGCUCGUUGGUGAGGAGUUUGACGUUGGUCCCGAGUUCAUCAGAAGACAACGUGAAGAAGAGGACAGGUGGCGUUAG